AUGUCCAGAACGUUCAGAAUGUUGAUGAACAAGAAACUUCAGCAACUGAAAACAGCAUGGAAAUACAUGAAAAGCUAUUUACAACCAUCAGAGUUAGACAGCAAUAAUGAAGAGGAGAAUAUUAUCAAUGAGCGUUCACGUCCAGGGCAAAAAAGAAAGAAAUUAUCAUUGACAGCAGAGCGUAAGACUUAUGUAAAGAAACAACGUAUCGAAACUGGGCUCGAUGAGACAGUUUGGAAAGAACUAGCUGCAAGUUCCAAAUCUGGCAGGACACCAGUUCACAAUAUUUUUAGGGGUGCGUCAGGUCCAACAGGAUAUGCUAAACGGCAUAUAAUGAAACGACAAGUAAAGACAGCAUUUUAUCUUAUCAUUGAUCAUCGUAUAAGGGAUCAUAUAAUAAAACGUACGAAAGAAGAAGCAUUUAGGGUAUCGGGGACUAAGCAAAGAGCUGCAUUUUUUUCAAAAGCAAUGAGCAGGAAUGAUUUUACUGAAAUUAUGAAGUUUAUACGAUUUGAUAAGAAGAGCGAAAGGAGCCAGCGUUUACGAAACAAUAAAUUUGCAAUGGUAUCUACAGUGUGGGACCGAUUUAUAGAGAAUUCACAAAAUUGUUAUAAACCUGGUACAUAUAUUACUGUUGAUGAGCAGUUGUUUCCGUCGAAGACUAGGUGUAGAUUUACCCAGUAUAUGCCGAACAAACCAGACAAAUUCGGCAUAAAAUUCUGGUUGGCGUGUGAUGUCAAUAGCAAGUAUACAAUAAAUGGAUUUCCCUAUUUGGGAAAGGAUAAGAAGAGAGAAAAUUCAAUUUCACUUGGAGAAUUUGUUGCUCUGAAGCUGAUGGAACUAUUCACAGGAUGUGGAAGGAACCUAACAACAGAUAAUUUUUUUACGAGUGCAUCACUGACCACAAAGCUACUCGCAAAGAAACUACAAUCGUUGGAACAAUUCGUGAAAAUAAACGGGAAUUGUUAA